AGAAUCCACUCUACAACAUAGGACAUAAAAUAUUAUUGUCCUUUGACUUGUUUCUUCAAUUAUAGCCAAAAAUGAGAACCCAUUUUCACUCUCUCCCAUUAUUUUUUUGGUUCACUCUAUCCCUUAUAUUGGGUCAAACCCGACCCGACCCUGACCCACUUCAAGAUUAUUGUGUUGCAGAUAGCAAAAGUAAUUUUUUCAUUAAUGGGGUACCUUGCAUUAACCCAGAUAAAGUUUCCUCAUCCCAUUUUGUCACAUCUGCUUUAUCAAAAACUGGCAACACUAGUAACCAAUUUGGCUUCAGUGUCACAGCCACCACCACUGCUAAUCUUCCUGGGCUUAACACCUUGGGCCUGGUACUGGUCCGGGUCGAUAUAGCGGGCAACGGGAUAGUGCCACCUCACUCGCAUCCGAGGGCCUCGGAAGUUACCACUUGCCUAAAGGGCCUGCUUCUUGUGGGCUUUGUUGACACAAGUAACCGUGUCUUUACCCAGAACUUGAGGCCUGGUGAGUCAUUUGUGUUCCCAAAGGGCCUGGUCCACUUCUUGUUCAAUAGUGAUUCAAGGGAACCAGCAAUAGCCAUAUCUGGUCUCAAUAGCCAGAACCCAGGAGCACAAAUUGCAUCACUUGCAACAUUUGCUAGCAAGCCUCCUAUUCCUGAUGACAUUCUUAAGAAAGCUUUCCAAAUUUCCAAAGGAGAAGUGGAAACUAUUCGUAGAAACCUUGGAGGAUGAUUAAUUGACUAUGCAGUUGAUGGAAGUGAUCCAAUUAUGGUUACCAUUUUACCAAUAUACUUAAUUUCUUAUUGCA